AAAAAAGUAGCCAUUCUUGAUCGGGCUAAAGCUUGGCAGUUCAUCAAAGGGAAUAUAACCUGUAUGUGGACCCAGCCAGAAAAUGGUCGUACAUUGGCAGCAAAUACCUGUUUCUUCAAGAUAGUCGAUGUACUAAAAUCAAUACCUGAAGAUGAACUUGUGAAGCUUGCUAAAUACUACUUCGUAGAACUGAAAUCAGAUCGUUCAAGGUAUGUAGGAGCAAUGAACAUCAUGUUGGAUGCCUUUGGAGUGAUCUAUACAAACUUCAGUGAGAACCUGCUGGCAGAUUACAUUCUAAAGAGUUCUGAUCCUAAGCCUACACUUAUCUUAAGGCUGCUGACGCACAUUGUAGGAAAAGACAACCCACCACAUGAUAAUAUGAUAGCUGCUAUGGAAGACAUUGUAUUUAACAAAGAGAACCACCCAGAAGAGAUUUACAAAGAGAAUCUUCAUGAAAGGGUCUUGCUCUGUCUUGGUGCAGUGUCACAUAAGUUAACAAAAGUGGGUCGGGUAGAGGAGGCUAUCAGCAUAACUGUACGAGUUCAUCAAUGGCUAGGAAUACAUGAUCCAUUUGUAUACAGAAAGAAAAGAGCAAUUCAGAGCGAACAGGAACAAAUUGAUUACGACCAUUGGAGAGUGAUUCUGUUAGAAACACUAGGAAAUGCCAGAAUGGACUUCUCUUAUGAAUAUAUUGUUUCACAUAUCAACUCAACUAACUCACCUUGGAUCAAAAGAGCUGGAGUUCAUGCUCUAAGGAAAUAUGAACAUGAAAUGGCUGCUGAUGAGAUGUAUAAAGCUGCCAUGUUUGAUGAGAAUGAUGAGGUUCGUUACGAGGCUUUAUUGCAAUAUCAGGCGCAUCCUCAAGCAAAGAUUAUCACACCUCUAAAAGCGAGAGAAGUAGUUAAUGGAACUGGUAUUAGUGAUCCCUAUGAGUCUGGAAUCAUGGAAAUAGCACCUCAUAGCAGAGAAAAACGAUCCUUGGCUUUUCUGGAUAAGUUUCCCAAGAUAAACUUUAGACUUGAGGCCCCAAGUGUUGAUUGGAGGAAAAUUUUAGGAUCUCAAAAGAUAGGUGCUGCCUUUGGUGUCAUCAUGUAUAACUUGCUGGAUCUGACAGUGUUCUCCCCAGGAUUUUUGGAUAGCACCAGGAUUUAUAUGGAUGACAUACCUCAUUGUUUAAAGACCUUAUGUACUGCAGAGAUAACAUCUUAG